AGGGCUUUGCUCAAACUGUCACACACACACACACAUUUGGAAUAUUGUUCAUCGAAAAUUCAAAUGCAUCCAUUCCCAAAAAAUCAAUAAACAAAAGACAUUUGCCAUCGAGAUGCCAGAGAUAAUAAUAGAACGACACUGACUGAGAGAAACUGAAACGAAAACUAAGCCAUGCCGGUCAGCUACAAUCCACGUGCCUUGCCUCGUCAGCGGCGACUCGUCCCUAAUCUCUUUCGCAACAUUUUGCUUGUGCUAAGAGAGUCGCAGCGUCCCAUGAGUGAUGCGGAGAUUGUGUCGGCAUUAGCCGUAAACUAUCGCCGCAUCGAUCCGGAAUUUCAGAGGCAAGUGCGCAUCAAUUUGCGGGAUGGCGUCGCUUAUGGCAUACUGAGGCGUCAGCUCGAUGUUUAUUCCGUUCGUGCCAAACAGCUGGCCAUGCUUACAUCUUGGCUAGCUCCAAAGAGGAAAAAUUGAAAAACAAAAUUCAAAGUUAUAAAAAAGACAUCAAAAUGUUUGGGAAUAAAAUAUCUGAUUCGUCGGGGGCACCAACAAAAACCAAA